AAGUCAAUUAGUCAAGUUACAUUCUUGAAUUCCAUCCAUCAAAAACACAUCUCAUCUUAGGUUUAUGUUCUCUCAACCACUACCAAUCCCCACAAAACCCACACCCAUUAAUUCUCACAACUCAUAAAUUACACAUGAAACAAUGUCAAAUGAUGAAAACCAAUGUUUAAAUUGGUCAAACUCCAUUCUCUGCCAUAACUUUUCAAACCAUAAAUUAAGAUUCUAUAACACCCAAUCAUAACUACUCAAAAUCCUUCAAAAACUUCAAUUUUCUAGUAAUUCAAAGUUUCUCAUCAAAGAACCAAACUUUAUUCAAAAUCCAAAAGCCCCAUUGACCCUUUAACACAAACUAUGCAGAAGAUGAAAUGGAACAAAAAGAAAGUUCAUGUUUUUCCUUUUCUUGUGAUUUUGUUAUUAGUCUUCAUAGCAUUCUCAACUCUCCAUAAUGGGAGCACUAUUGGACAAAUCCAUGAAAGCCCAGAUCACAUUCACCAAGAAGAAGCUUCUUUAGCUACCUAUGUUAAACCUAAUCUCUCUAACCACCUCAACAAAUCUCAAGAGGUUUUGGAUAGAUUCAGUAGAUGCAACUCCACUACAAAGUAUACUGGUAGAAGAAUUGCUAGGCGUGGUGAUUCGAAGAGUUCUAUUCGCCAGAGAGUGAGUGCUAAAAGCUGCGAUGUUUUCUCGGGUCGUUGGGUGUAUGAUAAUGCUUCAUAUCCGUUGUACAAGGAGUCAGAUUGUCCUUAUAUGUCUGAUCAAUUGGCUUGCAACAAGCAUGGAAGAACUGAUCUAGGGUAUCAACAUUGGAGAUGGCAACCACAUGAUUGCAAUUUGAAGAGGUGGAAUGUUAAAGAAAUGUGGGAAAAGUUGAGAGGUAAAAGGCUAAUGUUUGUCGGAGAUUCUCUGAAUAGAGGGCAAUGGAUAUCUAUGGUAUGCUUGUUACAGUCAGAAAUUCCUGCUGAUAAGAGAUCAAUGUCACCAAAUGCUCAUCUCACCGUUUUCAGAGCCGAGGAGUACAAUGCAACUAUAGAAUUCCUCUGGGCUCCUCUUCUCGUUGAAUCGAAUUCCGACGAUCCGGUGAAUCACCGACUAGAUGAACGGAUAAUUCGUCCUGAUUCAGUUAUGAAGCACGCAUCACUCUGGGAGCAUGCUGAUAUACUUGUUUUCAACACAUACUUGUGGUGGAGACAAGGACCAGUUAAGCUAUUAUGGACCGACGAAGAAAAUGGAGCUUGCGAAAAGUUAGACGGGCAAGAAGCAAUGGAGUUGGCCAUGGGAUCCUGGGCCGAUUGGGUGUCUUCCAAAGUAAAUCCGCUCAAGAAGCGUGUUUUUUUCGUGACCAUGUCCCCGACACACCUCUGGAGCCGAGAGUGGAAGCCGGGAAAUGAAGGAAACUGUUACGGCGAGAAGGACCCUAUUGACUUUGAGGGCUAUUGGGGAAGUGGUUCUGAUUUACCUACCAUGAGCAGUGUAGAGAACAUCCUUAGCAGUUUAAAUUCAAAAGUUUCUGUCCUCAACGUGACUCAACUUUCAGAAUAUCGAAAGGACGGGCAUCCUUCGAUUUUCCGGAAAUUUUGGGAGCCUCUUCGGGCCGAACAGUUGUCAAAUCCUUCAUCUUACUCUGAUUGCAUACAUUGGUGCUUGCCAGGAGUACCUGACACAUGGAACGAGUUACUAUUCCACUCUUUAUGAAAUCCAUUACACAAUUCAGUUUUGUUCAUUGAAUAUGAUCAUAAUAGUAUGAUACAAGUGCGGGAAGAGAUCAAAAGAAUCAACUGAAGUAAAGUAAGAGAAAUUUGCACUCGUGUGUUGUUAAAACGUAGCUUGAUGUAGAAAAUGGAAGGAUAAGAAACCAAUCUUUGAGAGGGGUAUUUAACAUAUCUCAACAAUUAUUUAUAUUUGAUCCAAACUUAUAAUGUCUACUAAUUAAUUCAAUUUUAAUUAACAAGUUUGUUAGUUUCA